AUGAGUGGUGGAGGAUCUACACUCAAGUUAAAGAUAGGAAUAAGAUGUGGAAAUGGAGAUUCAAGAUGCAAAUGCGGUAGUGUUGGCAACUUUACCGCUAACAAGGUAGAUAGCAGUCCAGUAAACGGAUUCACCAAAUACACUCAUUAUUGUUCAGGAGGAACGUUCACUCUAAAUGGAGAAUUACAAGAUGGAAGCAAGAUAGGAAUAAAAGUAACUAGAGGCUUUACUGGAGGAAAGCCCAUACAAAAUGUCAAGGAAGUUUCUGUUUUCUACUGGGAAGACGCUCCUAGUAACCCACUCCUCCUUGGAAUUACUACUGGGGGUGGUAGUACAUCUACCUAUUAUGCUAAGGAUAAUGAUGGCAGUAACUGGAAUUUUAUUUUUCAAUCUCAAUCCAGUAAGGAACUUGAGGAGAAGCUGGAUGAACUAGUCUGUCUACAUCACAACGCAGUUACCGUUAAUCUAUCUUACAAGGGUCUAUCUGGAGGUCAGCAUAACUAUUGUUGCACUGGUAAUCAUGUUGGUGGUCAUAAUAGGGUCUCUGUUAAGGAACAAAUAUUUUCUUGUGCAAAAAAUCACACCUCAACUCCCAUUACAGCUCAUAAACACUCCAUUAAUGGUCCUAAUCUGAAGCUCGCAGGUAUAAAGUUCUACCUCAACGGUGAUCAAGGCCAAAGAAGACGUGUAACAUCUAGAAGGUUGUCGUUGCCUAUUCAAGGCCCUGUAGAUGUCUAUGCAUUUUACUGCAAACAGAAUCCAUCACUGAUAUACGUUGAUGCUGAGAAAGAACCUAAGGCUACAGGCUGGUACAGGAAAACCAAUAGUACUAAUUGGACACAAACUCACUUUCUAAGAAAAAUGACACCCGAUAAAUUAACUGGUCCUACAGACCAUGGAAAAUAUAAUGAUCUUGUGAUUUUACUAAAGAGAGCUGGAUGUAACAGCUAUUCAACAUGUCCUGGUGAUCCUCAAACUCCUCCUGUUGAAAAACCUCCUGAAGGAUCUCACCCUGAGGCUCAACAACCUGCUGAUCCUGCUCUUGGUCCUGGAGGAGGAACUGCUGAAAAACUUGGUAUGGGCGUUGUUCCUGCCGCCGUUGGUAUAUGGUCCAUCUCUGGCACUCUUGCCGGAAGUGCUGCAACAUUUUUUGGAGGAUGGAAACUAUAUAAUCGCUAUAAUGGAGACCCUUGGGUUAGACACAGAGAUCCUAUAGAGUUUUUAAAGCAUGUACCAUAUUGA